UUUGGUUUAGGAAGCAUGCUGUGCAGUAUUUCAAUUAAUCUUUGUUUUUGUUCCCUGUUUAUAUGUUUUCAAGCAGAAGAAAAGUCUAUUGUGGUAGCUAGAGGAGUAAAAAAGAGAAAAGAUGAAAAGAAAAAGACUGACGUAAAGAGGGCUACGACUGAAACUAAGAAGAAAGAAAAAGAAGGAAAAAAAGAGAAAGCUCAUGAGAAGACAGAUGUCCCUGAAAGUAAAAAAGCAGGUAAAAUGGAAGCUGCUGUGUCCAAAGAACUCAAAAAGCCAGCAAAAGCUCCUGCAGCCAAACCAGCCACCGAAAAACCAGCAGCACCAGCAUCUGUGGAAACUCUGAAGUCAAAAGGAGUACCUGAAAAGAAGGAAGAAAAAGCAACAAAGGCAGCAGAGCAAGAUAAACAAAAGACGAAGCAAGGAAAUCCUGGAAAAGAGAAAGAAUCCAAAUCUCCAGCUGCUACAAAAAAUAAAGAACAUGCUAAAGAAAAGGAAGGAAAGAAUCCUACAGCUUUAAAAGAUAAAGACUAUUUGAAAGGAAAAAAUCCCAAGAAUCCAGAGGGAUCAAAGGAAAAAGAGACUGGUAAAAGAAAAGAUGUGAAGCCUCCAGCAGCAUUAAAGGAAAAGGACUCUUCAAAAGGAAAAGAAAUGAAGGCUUCAACUAUGGCUAAAGAAAAAGCUGCUGUGAAAAAGGAUGGGGAGAAGAAAGCGACCUUAGAGAAACCUCACGAACACAAGCAUGAUCGUGUUAAACAUGAAAAAGCUGACUCAUCUCAGACUAAGCCAGAGGAGAAAAUUAAACAAAAGACAACUCCCGGUGAGAAGUCAGUCCAGGCAAAACCAGCAAAGCAUGAAGCAGUCAGACAUGAAAAAGUUGUUCUACCUUCAAAACCAGUCAAACUGAAAAACACUGCGAGUACGUGUCAUGUCUUGUUUCCCAUGGAAUAUAAAUCUUUUUUUCAGAUGCAUGUUGUCUCAAUUUGCAUUUUUGCAAUUUUGUCAUGUUGCAAAACGGUACUUUCUUGCUUGCACUACAGAUGCUUUUGUACUCCAUCUGCUUAAUAACACUGAACACACCCAAAGUAAACCUAUAAUUUAAUAUUGUGACUGCAACAUUCAAACUCUGUUUGCUAUUUUCGCUUUCUAUAAAAACACACUAAAAGACAUAUGACUUAUCUUUAUGCAAACAUAUUGUUUGUUAGAAAUAACAAAAUGGCAUGUAGAAUAACUGAAUUAGACAACUUUUUCAUUACUUAUUUUACCAUUUGAAAAUUACUUAUUUUAUUAAUUCACUAAGCACAUUCUUGG